GUUUAUCCUCCCCUAAAAAAAGGUUUAUCCUACCAUAUUUGAUACUUUCUAUUAGUGUUCCGCUUUUGUUUUUAUUUUAAAAAAUCGGUAUAUUCUGUUCAAAAUUCCUCAGUAUGACCACAUCUCUUUACUACAAAUACCAACCAACGAGGCUUAAAAUUGUAGAGAGAGAAAGCUAGAGAAUAUCCUUAGAGUUUUAGAGAGAAAGAGAGAGAGAAACAUAAAUAAUAAAAAAAAAUCCAAAGGGAAUACAUAAAAAAGAAAAAUGAGUGACGUAGAAGAAGAAGAUCUAUUACAAAUGGUUCAUGAUUUUAUGGAAUCGUCAGACUCGACAAUAUCAUCAACUUCAUUACGUAAACAUGAUCACUAUCUAAUUCAAUCUACUAGACACUUUACCUUACAUGAGAUUUUAAGGAAGAAAACAGAAGGGGAAAAAGAGAUUCUUGAGAAAAUAAGUAAGUAUAUGAGAAAGAAAAAAGAUUUGGAGAAAACAAGUGGAUUGAAGAAGUGGAUGGUUCAGUGCCUCAAAUUAGAAGGACUUCGUGCUUCUUUUUGUCAUACUUCUUGGGUCACUACCCCUUCUUGUCCAAGUGGAAGCUAUGAAUAUAUUGAGAUAAUGAAGGAAGAUCAAAAAAAGGGAGGAACACAAAGAGUGAUAGUGGAUAUUGAUUUCAAGUGUCAAUUUGAAAUAGCAAGGCCAACUCAAAGCUACAUUCAACUUUCAAGCAAACUUCCAAUCAUAUUUGUUGGAAAUGAACACAAAUUAAAAAGGAUUAUUCCUCUUCUUUGCUCAGCUUCAGAACAAUCCCUUAGAGAUAGUGGCCUUCAUAUUCCCCCUUGGAGAAGGGCCCCGUAUAUGUUUUCCAAAUGGAACCUUUAUAAUAAUAAUAAUAAUAAUAAUAAUAAUAAUAAUAAUAAUUCUAUGUUAGAGAAGUAGGACCCUAGAAAAGUGAUGAUCAAGGGGAGAACAAGGGAAUUAAGUGGUGGGGAGUCUGGAUUGUCCAAUCAAUUUUCCAACUUGCACAGAAACUCUUUCUAGGAAAUUAUUUUUAGGUGUGUGACUGUGUGAGCAAUCAAUUUUGGCCAUGUAAUGAUAAAUUAUAAUUUUUUUUUAUAGAUUUAUUGGUAUUUUAAAAGAUAGAGACAGAUUAAUAGUCAUGAAUAAUAGAAGUAUUUUGUAUCUUUCAAGCUUGUUAGUAUAUGAAUAUUUAAUUAAUUAAUGUAUUAUGUACAACAUAUAUAUUUUGGAGAAUUAUGAUUGAAAUAAACAAAUUAGUAGUCCAUGCUAUUUA